GAGAAGUCUCUGCCGUAUCAUUUCAGAAGGUCAGCUGAUCAUUUACUACGUACAGUAGUGACCCCGGCAGUGAGCUGCAUGACAAGGAGAUAUUCGACGCUGUGACGCGCUUUAUUAUAUUCACAUAGCAACUUUACACUGAAAGAUGGCUGACAAUAACCAAGGAAACCCGCCUCCCCAGCUCGGGCCUGUGCAAUUUUUAAUGAGCAACAAGCUGGAAACUGCGAUGUGGCUUUCCCGUCUCUUCACGGUCUACUGCUCUGUAAUGUUUAUUCUGCCGAUUUUGGGACCUCAAGCCGCAGCAAACUUCUACCAGAGAGCCUUGUUAGCCAAUGCCCUCACCAGUGCACUUCGUUUACACCAGAGACUCCCACGCUUUCAGCUGAGCAGAGCUUUUCUGGCCCAAGCUCUGCAAGAGGACAGCUGUCAUUACCUGCUGUACUCUCUCAUCCUGGUCAACUCUUACCCCAUCACAAUGAGCAUCUUCCCAGUUUUCCUGUUUUCUUUACUUCAUGCAACCACCUACACAAAGAAAGUUCUUGAUUCCAUGGGUCCAGGCAGCCUAAUGUUCAUCAGAAACCUCCUCGACCGACUAACGACCAAUCAGCAGAACAUCCUGAAGUUUAUUGCUUGUAAUGAGAUCUUCUUAAUGCCAGCAACUGUUUUCAUGCUCUUCAGCGGUCAGGGAAGCUUGUUGCUACCUUUUAUCUACUACCGAUUCCUCACGCUGCGCUACACAUCCAGAAGAAACCCUUACUGCCGCACCUUGUUCACGGAGCUGCGAAUUCUUCUCGAGCACUUCAUCAUGAAGCCUGCCUGUCCGGCUUUUUUGAGGAGGAUGUGCCUCAGCAGUAUCGCCUUUGUCAGCCGUCUCGCUCCCACAGGCGUCUGAUUAGACCACCCAGAAGUUGGUCCGUUUUAGUUUUUCAGCCAUUUAUGAUGUGACUCUGACUAUGAAGGGGACAGACAUUGCCAUCAAUGGAAGAAACCUUUUUUGAAUGUCAACUUUAAUGUCUGACCUCUGUUUUUUUUUUGUUUUUUUUUUUUUACCUGUAUAUUGAAGACAAGCCAGUAAAGCACUGAAAUCUCAUAGUGAUAUUUCUUUUUUCGGUUUCUGGAAAUUUAUGGUUUUAUGUUGGCUGAACAGAGCACAGCAGAUAUCAGCUGCACCCUGUUUCAUAGUAGUUUUGGUAUUUUCUUUCAUGUCAUUAUUUAUUCAUGAAAUUGUUUAUUCUGUGAUGAAAAAUAACAUUCUGAGAUUAUAGACUUGAAGCAUGAAUAUGUUUUGUUUUUUAAAGCAAUCUGCGUUUGUUUGCAAAGUCUACAAUUAUAAAGUGUCUGAAUGCCUCACUUUCAAUGUUUUCCUUCUAAGUCCCAUCAACUAACCUUCAUAAGUAUGUAUCUAUGUUGCCUAAAUGGAUGAUUAGCUGAGAAAACAUCUGCUGUAUUUUUAAGAAUAUUUUAAGGUACAACAGUUUUUGCUGUAGGGUUUAUGUCUGAAAUAAUUUGCACCACGCAUGUCAUCCUUCUCACAUUGUAUCUUAGUUUAUAUCACAGCACUGAACUUUUUUUAACUCAUUCAUGUUGCAGUAGGUUUUCUUACUUAAUCCCAGUUUGUUUUCUUUAUAUUUUAUGUGCUUAUAUGCCUACAGAGACACGUUUUUAUGAGACGAAUAAAAUGAUCUCUUAAAUAAAUCUGUAAAAUAUUAA